CGCCCAAAGCCGAGCUGCAGCAGGGAGGAGCAGACAGGCACAGUGCGGCUGAGCUGAGUCGAGCAUCACAACUCGCGUUGAGGAAAACGGGCAAACACAGCACUUUUUUUUUCAUCCCCUCCGACUUCUUAAUACAUCCUGGUCUUCUUACAAAACAUGUCGGCUGAGGGAAAUUGACGUACUGGAUUUGAACGGCCAUCGCUUCCCUCGAUUGUUUCCUGCGCCAAGAAGCGUGAAGACAUGGUCGUUACACCGCCGCCUCUGUGAUGAAGAGCAAUCAGCAAGUAACCAGCUAAUCUGCAGAGCUUACUGCUUCCGACAAUGUCCCAGCGAGGCUCCCACAGCCGUGCCAUGAGUUCUGAGGAGAGGAGCUCCGUGACGCUCAACAAGAUCUCCACGCCGGUGCACAAGAGUCCAUCCUCCUCUUCCUCAUCCCAGCGUGACAGCCGGCAGGAGACAGACAGCUGGGAAAUCAUCGAGGGACUGAAAAUCGGUCAAAGCAGCAUCCAGAGGCCAGAUAAACAUGAGGGAUUUAUGCUGAAGAAGCGGAAAUGGCCCCUUAAAGGCUGGCACAAGCGCUUUUUCGUUUUGGACAAUGGGAUCCUGAAGUACUCCAAGUCCCCGAUUGAUAUUCAGAAAGGCAAACUGCAUGGCAGCAUUGAUGUUGGCCUCUCGGUGAUGUCUAUCAAAAAGAAGGCCCGGCGCAUUGACCUGGACACAGAGGAGCAUAUCUAUCACCUCAAGGUUAAAUCCCAAGAUAUCUUUGAUGCUUGGGUGUCCAAGUUGCGAUAUCACCGCCUCUACCGACAGAACGAGAUUGUGCGUUCUCCUCGCGAUGCUUCCAUGAGGACAUUUCCUCCAUCGGCUGUUGCAGAGUCUGCCCAAGCUGCUUCAGGUGUCGGACAUGAGGUUAAGCAGGCUAAACCCAGUAGUUUGCCAUGGCAACCAGCAGUCCCCACCAACAGCAGCCUGCCAGGUUCCUACAGUAACGGUCAGAGCAAAGUGGCUGCCUGGCUGCAGGAAUCGGAGGAGAUGGACAAAUGUGCAGAAGAUCUCGCGCGUUGCCAGUCCAACCUAACCGAGCUGAGUGGCUUGUUGCACAGUCUGGAGAUUCUACAAAGGACACAGUCAGCUCCCAACUUUGCAGAUAUGCAGACUGCUUGUGUAGAAUUGUCAAAGAAAGAAAAGCGCUUGAACAGAAGAUGGAGGACAAAAAGUGUCGGCAAAGAUGCAAAAUUCCAGCUUCAGGUCCCGCUCUCAUCCAGCAUGUCUCCUGUCCGCCUCCACUCAUCCAACCCUAACCUCUGCGCCGAGUUGGGGGACUUUCAAGCUCCCGUCUCCAGGCUGACAGACAGUGUAGAGUGUUCCAGUGACUACACUAAACUGCAGGAGGAAUUCUGCACCAUUGCCCAAAAAGUCCACACUCUGCUCAAGUCGGCCUUCAACACAGUGGCCAUCGAGAAAGAAAAGAUCAAACAGAUUCUAUCAGACCAGGACCAGUCCGACCCAUCAGCGCAGAUCAACUCCCUCAGGAAGUCUCUGUCACAGGCUGUGUCCCAAAACGCAGAACUGCGAACCCGACUGAAUCGCAUCCACUCAGAGUCUGUCCUGACGGAACAAGUUGUCAGUGUAAACAUCAUCUCCACGCCUGACGAGGUACAGGUUGUCGAGCAGAUGGGGAUCCCUCUGACUCAGCAGGCCUCUAAUGAGAGUCGACUUUCCAUGUCGGAGUCUGUCUCCGAGUUUUUCGAUGCCCAGGAAGUGCUCCUGUCAGCGAGCUCAUCAGAGAAUGAGGGCUCGGAUGAUGAGUCCUACGUCAGUGAUGUAAGCGAUAACAUCUCAGAGGACAACGCCAGCGUGACCGACAACGUUUCCAGACAAAUGGCCAAUGGAGACUUUGCUGCCUGUGCCUUCCGGAACGGGCGGCGCACCUGCCUGCCGGCACCCUGCCCCGACACCAGCAACAUCAACCUGUGGAACAUCUUGCGGAACAACAUUGGCAAGGACCUGUCCAAAGUGUCCAUGCCUGUGGAGCUCAACGAGCCUCUCAACACGCUGCAGCGCAUGUGUGAAGAGCUGGAGUACAGCGAGCUGCUCGAUAAAGCUGCAGAGACGGAGAGUCCCUUUGAACGCAUGGUUCUGGUGGCUGCCUUCGCUGUCUCAGGCUACUCGUCUACCUACUACAGAGCAGGAAGUAAGCCAUUCAACCCGCUCCUUGGGGAGACCUACGAAUGUAUAAGAGAAGACAAGGGCUUCUGCUUUUUCUCGGAACAGGUGAGCCACCACCCUCCCAUCUCUGCCUGCCACUGUGAGUCCAAGAACUUCACCUUCUGGCAAGAUGUGAGGUGGAAAAACAAAUUCUGGGGGAAAUCAAUGGAGAUAUUGCCAGUCGGGACAGUGAACCUCAUGAUUCCUAGUUUUGGAGAUCACUACGAAUGGAACAAAGUCACCACGUGCGUCCACAACAUCUUGAGUGGACGGCGGUGGAUCGAACACUACGGCGAGAUCACCAUCAGAAACACCAAGAGCAGCGCGUGCCUCUGCAAGCUCACCUUCGUCAAGGGAAACUACUGGAGUUCUAACGUGAACGAGAUCCAAGGAUUCGUCAUGGACCAAGAAGGGAAAGUCAUCCACAGGCUAUUUGGGAAAUGGCAUGAGGGUCUUUACUGCGGCGUUCCUCCCUCUGCCAAAUGUAUCUGGAGGCCAGGCUCCAUGCCCACAGACUACGAGCUGUACUACGGCUUCACCAGGUUCGCCAUCGAGCUAAACGAGCUGUGUCCCGAGUUAAAAGAUGUCCUCCCGCGGACUGAUGCGCGGUUCAGGCCCGAUCAAAGGCAUCUAGAAGAAGGGAACUUGGAGAUCGCCGCUUUGGAGAAGCAGCGGAUUGAAGACCUGCAGAGGACCAGGCGGAAGUGGAAUGAGGAGAACAAUGUCAAACAGGAGCCUUGCUUCUUCAGGAAAGUGGUGGACUCCAACCGCAGGGAGCGCUGGCUCUCCAACAACAUGUACUGGGAGUUGCGUAAAAGCCCCGGCUUCAUCAACAUGGAAGCUACAGUCAGCCUGUGGUAGCGACACACCCUUCCUUACCUCAGCACCACCGUGUGAAGAGGAACGCCUGCCGAUGUUCUCGUCCAGGAUCAACCUUCAUUGUGCUUGCGGACGCCAGGUUGUCGGGGCGAGUCCCUCCUAGGUCUUCUCUCAGCUACUUUCAUGACUCCUGAGUCGGUCCUCUGCCUUAAACGGACACUCGCAGUUAGCAUUCUGUCAUCUCGACUCCGGUAUCAUGCAUGUUUAGAGGAGCGCUCACUGGCAUCAGGCCAGAUUGAUUAUAGCAUUCAUCUUGUAGACAAAAAUAGGUAUUUUUAUAAAAUAUCUUGGCAGAUUUUAUUUUUGCCUUUUAAUACGAGGAACGCGUCAAAACUCAUCAUGUUGUAGCUAGCACAGACACCACCACACUGGUUCUAUCAGUCCGAGGAAGUGGUUCAAGGCCCAGCUGGCAGCCGCUCUGUCCGUACAGAGUGGACAUACUUUGCUAGACUGCAGGGAAAUCCACGCCGGCAACUUUUAGUACAAAGAGCAAAGCAGCAAGUAAUCUACCUGUGCAAUCUCAAGAUUCUUCAAAUUCUGUCCAAAGUCCACAAAUGCAUCACCUCCAUGUACACACAAGUAUUGUGGGAAGGACAGCAAAGGUGAGACUAUGGAGCACCUCAACCCGGAAAAAGUAGUUGUUAAGGUCAGAGGUUACACACCUUGACUUAAAGAUGGUCUGGAUUGCUGUAAUGAGGUGGCAACUUGUCCAGAGUGUACUCCGCCUGAAUGCAGUUGAAAUAGGCUCCAGCACCCCCUGCCACCCCGAACGGGACAAGCGGUAGGUAGUAAAUGGAUGGAUGGAUGGGCUGGAUUUCCAUCUUUGUUCUGGGCUUGAGUUGUUCCAGGAAAGACUAAAAAGGUCUACACCGCACUGGAAGUUUGUUGGAAGCAUUGAAUUAGUGAAAUGAAGCAACUACAACUCCUGAUUACCUGAUAAAAAAAGCUUUGUCUUCAUACUUUUGUCCAUAAAGUGCAUGUUGCGUUCAGGCAGCUACUCCAUCCUGGGACAGCAGAGACACCUGCUGGGCGGUGUAAGAAAAUGCAGUUCUUGAUGCUGAACAAUGAACUGUCAAGAGUAUUUUCCCACAAACACACCAAAACAAGAGUCAGCCAUAAAAAAUAAAAAAACAAACAAUUAUAAACAAAGACGUAAGAAACACUAAUCUGCUUAGCUGGCAUAUUUCUACGGACAUGUUCCACUUGCUGUGCCUUACUGUGUUUGUGACUGACACUCACUGCUGGUAGAAGUUCUGCACACCUUGCACCUGCAACCAGACCAUGAAGCUGAACAUCUUACCUGACACGUCACGGCAGUUUGGACUCUUCCUCCAGCCUAAAGACAGCGUGGUCACCACCUGUGUAAAUAGAAACAUGCAGAAGAAGAAGAAGGAGCACCUUGCCCCCCCCAUGCAUGUCUCGCCUGCCAGUCAUUGUUGAAGAUGCCUUACAGGAAGGUUCCGUCUUCUCAUCGGGACUUUGUUCAUGUUGUGGAGCCGUCAGCUGAUGGUUCCUUCUUAAAAAGUGCAAUUUAAACCAAGAACAUAUCUCUCCAUCCACACUUCUGCUACAUCCUGCUUGUACUAAUAAAACAGGACCUCAGUGAGAGGUUUAUUCACCCAAA